CCUCCCUCCCACCCGCUGAGAACAGCCUGGAAUCCCCGGGACUGAGGAACUAAGACUGUCCCUGAGAGUUUGCCUCGCGCCGGUGUGAGGAGCCACUGGGACAUCGCUCCCACCGUGGCAGGACCUGCCCUGCUCCACCCUGUUUCUCCGAGCUCCAUCCGCGGGGGUCUGCGCAGGGGCAGUGCGGGCCACGAGAGCGAGGACCGAGUGUCGCAGAGGGAGGAGGAAUCGUGCCCCAGGCCCAGCGCGGGAGGGAAUUCGAGGGCUGUGUGCGCCAGGAGCCGGCUUACGUUCGGCGCGGGUCACUUUGCAUGUCUAUUCUGGAGCCCUUGAGCGCGAGUCCGCAGAUAAGCGUCUACAGCACUGAGGAAUUCGUUACACAGGACCAGGGGAGACUUCUGUAGUCCCUUGUCUGGUUCUCUCUCUCUGGGGGCUUCUUGUUCUCGAUUAUAAGACUUUGGGGGUCCCGUGUUUUUUCAGAGGUCGUUGGUUUGGGGGCAUAGCCGGCGGCCGCGGAGGCUGAUUUCCACAGCGUGUCCAGCCGCUCAUCAGCUGGAAAUUGAGGUCGUGGCGCCCGGCAUUGCGCUGCGCUUAAAGCCACCCGCUCGGGUCCCGCUAGGAAAUCAGGGGAACCCCGCGCAGGGAGACCCUCGCUAGUGUCACUGUGAGCUACAUCGUCCACUGUUUAUUAACUAUUUUUUCGGGGAACUAGAGUUCGGAUUCCUCUGUGCAUCACGUCCAGCCUACAACUGCGUCUCUAUUAGGGUACGGACCGGCUCAAGUCCCAGAGGCCCUAAUGGAGCAAGGAAAUGCAACUUAUUCUUGUAUCCUGGAGAGAUUUUUUUUUUAAACGUACAGUACAUCUAAAUAAUUCCUACUUGUCUAAAACCUCACGACUUGACUCUUCAUUAGACCCAGGCCCUUAGUAAAAAGAGGUCAAAGACUUUCACAGUAUUAAAUUUUCCCUGUAGACGAUGGGAAAGAAAAGCGGAAAAAGGACGUGAGUGGGGUUGGGCUACCAUCCCAGGCCAGCCCAGGGACAUCUUAAAAAUAGCCAAGAGUCCGAACCUCAAAUCACCCCCCACCCCUUCCCAGAGGCCUCCUGAGCGAGGGAGAAUCCUGGGAACCAAGCGGCAGCCGAUAAACCUCCUCCAGCCGGCGGGCCAGCGAGGCCUUGAAAUGCCCCCGGCUCCUGGCAACGCAGGCGGCCCAGGCGGCUCCUGUCUUGCCCAAGGGAGGGAGGGGGCGAGCGAAGGAAGGAGGGAACGAGGGAAAAUGAAAUACCCCAAAAGAGCAGGAUGCUCGCCAACCACCCUCUGGACCGUCCUUGAGCUGAGCCCUUUGGGGAGAAAGUUGGGGCCCUGGGCCCAGUGAAAAAAGCCACAGGAACAGACAAAUUUCUCGGUCCCAGGAGCCUUUCUAGAAGCAACGAAUCUAUCACGGGCUCCCAGGCUUCAGCCCACCAAGAGAGCACCAGCGAAGGGCGUGGGUAGAGGGGGUCUGUCAGGGGCCUGGCCAGGAGCGGCCUGCCUGUGAAUCCGGGGUUCCUCGCAAGCAACCGCUUAGAAAAAGCUGGCUUUUCCAUCAAAGGUCUCAGAACAGCCACAGAGAGCAGGGCCUGUUAUUGCCCCCAUCACUGUACCGAAGAGGAGACCGAAGUUCCAGGAGGCUGGCGGAGGGAGGGGGGUGGAGUGGGGCGAGGCUCGCCGUAGGGCGCCCAGCUAAUGCGAACCUUAGCACACACGCGCUGGCACCGUGGCCCACCCCGCACUGCUGAGAGAAGCCCGCGAGGGAGCGGCUUGUGUCCUUGACUUUGGUAAGGACGCUCAGAUGGUCUCUCCACCAGAGGCUAAGCCCCAAGCUCCUGGCUUGUUGCUAAGAAAAUCCACUGCCCAGUCACCAGGCUCAGCCCUUUUCGCUCUCUGAGUGUCGCGCGCGGGAGGCAGCUAUGAGACCUCGGGCAUCGCUUGAGCCACAAAUCGCUAUGGAGAAGAGAGAGGCCGGGGCAGCUUCCGGCUCGUCCAGGUCCAGACUUUCAACUCUCCAAAAGGCCCUGGUAGGCCCCUGACGCAGGCUGUUGGCUUCAUGCCUCUCUCACUGCACCCCAACGGGGAUGAGGACCCGUUUCAAACAGCACAGGGGUGGCGUACCCGUCUCCUCGGCUGCGUCUGAAAGUGCACCGGUCGGAGCGGCCUCGCUAAACCGCCUUUCCCCAGCUCCAGCCUCCAGAAUCCCCAGGACCCACUCCGUCUUAAGUUCCCAGCCGCGCGACCUGCAGCCCCAAAUUCUGCAGAGGCGCUGGCGAGGAGUUGGGGGAAGCUGGAGAAGGGACCCUAAGCAAGCCGCCCUCAGCUUCCGUGGCGCAAAGGGGCCCCGGCGAGCAGCAGCCUGGAAGGCGGCGUCGGUGCGCUCAGCCGGGCGCAGACCUUCCGCCGCUCGGCGGGGCGCCUCAGUCUUCUCUCCUCUGGGGGGCCCCUCUGGACCUCCGCACCUUUAGCUCGGGAAAGAGAAUUCCCGGCGCAGCCGCGCUCAGUCCUUCCUCUGGGAUUUUCCUGAGAAUCCCCACGAGUUGGCCGCGAUCCCUUUGGGGGGUUUCCUUCCAAUCAGCCCUGAGUCCUAGCCUCAUCCUCAGCGCCCGGGUUGCCCUCGCGCAGGCCGAGAAUCCACAACAGAUUACCAACUGCGGAAGCAGGUGUUGCCCUUCCUUUGGAGGAGCACAGGUUUCGGACAGGGUGGUAUCCCGGCCCCUUCUCGACCCUUCUAAUCUGGUAUGAGAAACCUGCGCUAGGGAGAGAGCAGCCUUAGGGGAAAAAAAGUUUAACCGAAAGCGUGAGAGCCACCGGCCGGCUGUUAUCUGGAGCUGAAGGCUGCGGUAAUCGAUGGGUUAUUUUUACGCGGUAAUAGGGCCCUGUGAUUGCUCUAUUAACCUUUAGACCUGUCUGAGGGACUCUCCGGCUCGCAGCCCCGCUGAGCUGGGGCCUCUAGCCACUGACGCCGAGUCCAAACCCAGGCCUGCCACCCUCCCCGCCCCCUCUUUAGGGAGGGGGCUGAGGCCGCAGGAAGAGCCUUCUCGGCCGGUGGGGAAGCUCCGCGGGACUGCCGAGCUCCCCAAGCCCCAGCCACGACCCUUGGAUUGGUGGAGCGGCUCUGCAGGCUGCAGAGAAAACGGAAAGAUCUGAAGGGAGGAGGCCGCAGGAGAUGGAAAGCUCCGCCAGGAAGGGGUGCACGUUUUGCAUAAACACGUAAAAUUGAGGGCUGGAGCCGGCGCCUUGCGGACUCCCGGGGUUGCUGGGAAGACGAAAGGAAGGCUUCGGUCUCUGCGUUCAGAUUUGAGGGAGGCAGUCCCAGUGGUGUCUUCCACCUACCCGGAGUCUGCGGCUAGGAGGUUCCCCACUAGCCGCUACCGCCCAAAGACCUGCAGCCAGCAGGCACCCCUGGUGACCCAGUGCCCCAAACUCGAUCAGGGGUCUCGCCCAAGAGGUCACCUUCCCCUGUUAGGCCCGCCCCUCUCCCAACGAGUCCGGGGUCUCAGCAGGACCCGGAACACCAGGAGGCGGGGGCAGGAGGAAGGAGGUGGGAGGUGGGAGAGAGGGGCCUCAUUAAAAAGCAGACCCUGGGCAAAAUUGCAAACCGAAUCGACCUCAGGCACGGCGGUGGGUGAGGCCCGGCGCGAGGGCGAUAGCACUUUUGGCGUUUUCCGAGGCGAUUCCUGCGCUUGGACUUUGCCUGCUGGGGGAGUUUUUCGAACAGCCCCGCAGCCCAGCGCCCAGCGGAGGUGCAGCAGCUGCGGCGCACCCCCGCCCCCCGCCCUUGCACGUGACUCCCACCGGCCAGUCAGCGCCGGCGAGCAAGAGCACAGGGACGAAGGGACCCGCGCUGCGAGCUGGGGGACUUGGAGGCGGCCGGCACAGUGGCCGCGAGAGGUUCUGCCGCCGCCGAAGCUCCCGGGGCGCCCAGGGGAGCGCGCGCCGGCCCUCCAGGAAGCUCCAGCCCCGGCAGGACCGCGGCUGCAGCGAGGAGGAAAGGAGCCGGCCCGGCCCUGGGCACUGGAGCCAGCGCGCCGCCCCCUGCGCCCGAGGCCGCGCGGGGCCUGAAGACGGCGCGCACCGGUCGCCCCGGCGGGACCCACGGGCACCACGCGCGUCCGCUGCCACUCGUGCGCGCUCGGGACCUCCGGGCCCUGGGGUGGACACGGCCCCUCCGCCACCACCUCUGGGAACAACCGAAAAUUCAGACUGGGAUUUUCCUGAGUACACAAGAGCCUAGAGUCUUUGCUCAAUGCUGGAUUUCAUGCGUAUAUAUUUUCAAGGGAUUUGUUUUUCUACCUUUGGUUUUUGAUCUUCGUUUUUUGUGACAGCCCCUCAGCUGUACAUUAUUAUUGUUGUUGUUGUUGUUAUUUUCUCUUCCCGCUUUGCUCCUUGCCCCGCAAGUGAGCGAGAGGACUCGGAAGCUGAGAGCUCGCAGGGGCGAUGUACCAGAGCCUGGCCAUGGCCGCCAACCACGGCCCCCCGCCCGGGGCCUACGAGGCGGGCGGCGCGGGCGCCUUCAUGCACGGCGCGGGCGCGGCCUCCUCGCCGGUCUACGUGCCCACGCCGCGGGUGCCCUCCUCGGUGCUGGGCCUCUCCUACCUCCAGGGCGGAGGCGGGGCCGCCGCGUCCGGAGCCGCCUCGGGCGGCAGCUCGGGUGCGGCCCCGUCGGGUGCCGGGCCCGGGACCCAGCAGGGCAGCCCGGGCUGGAGCCAGGCGGGAGCCGAGGGAGCCGCCUACACCCCGCCGCCCGUGUCGCCGCGCUUCUCCUUCCCGGGAACCACCGGGUCCCUGGCAGCUGCCGCCGCCGCCGCCGCGGCCCGGGAAGCCGCGGCCUACAGCAGUGGCGGCGGGGCAGCGGGCACGGGCCUUGCCGGCCGCGAGCAGUACGGGCGGGCCGGCUUCGCGGGCUCCUACUCCAGCCCCUACCCGGCCUACAUGGCCGACGUGGGCGCGUCCUGGGCCGCGGCCGCCGCCGCCUCCGCCGGUCCCUUCGACAGCCCGGUCCUCCACAGCCUGCCCGGCCGGGCCAACCCCGCCGCCCGACACCCCAAUCUCGUAGAUAUGUUUGACGACUUCUCAGAAGGCAGAGAGUGUGUCAACUGUGGGGCCAUGUCCACCCCACUCUGGAGGCGGGACGGGACAGGGCACUAUCUGUGCAAUGCCUGCGGCCUCUACCACAAGAUGAAUGGGAUCAACCGGCCCCUCAUCAAGCCCCAGCGCCGACUGUCCGCCUCCCGCCGAGUGGGCCUCUCCUGUGCCAACUGCCAGACCACCACCACCACGCUGUGGCGCCGCAACGCCGAGGGUGAGCCCGUGUGCAACGCCUGCGGCCUCUACAUGAAGCUCCACGGCGUCCCCAGGCCUCUUGCGAUGCGGAAAGAGGGGAUUCAAACCAGAAAACGGAAGCCAAAGAACCUUAAUAAAUCUAAGACACCAGCAGGUCCCUCGGGCAGUGAGAGCCUUCCUCCCACCAGCAGCGCUUCCAACAACUCCAGUAACGUGGCUACCAGCAGCAGUGAAGAGAUGCGCCCCAUUAAGACAGAGCCCGGGCUGUCGUCCCACUAUGGGCACAGCAGCUCUAUGUCCCAGACGUUCUCGGUCAGUGCGAUGUCUGGCCACGGGCCCUCCAUCCACCCGGUCCUCUCAGCCCUGAAGCUCUCCCCACAAGGCUACGCGUCUUCUGUCAGCCAGUCACCGCAGGCCAGCUCCAAGCAGGACCCUUGGAACAGCCUGGCCUUGGCUGACAGUCAUGGGGACAUAAUCACCGCAUAAUGACACCUCCUUCCCUCCUCAGAUUCCUGCACAGACUUGGGACUUGGAGGAGAGCAGAGACGAGGCUCGGGGCUCCCGGGGGCCGGCCUGCUCUGUCUGGGAAUGACUCCACAAGAACAACUGGGAAGAAACUUGAAGUCGACGAUUUGGUUAGGGGAGGUGGGUGUUGGAUUUUAUUGGAGACCUUUCAAGGUGGGGAACUGGAAAGAGCCCAGACUCUGAUCCAGAAGAGCCCACCCUUCACUACGAGCACACAUAAGUCCCUUCCGUGGAGUUAGAGAUUUCUUUCUUGUUUUCCGCCCUGUCCUGCCCCGCCCCACCCCACCCCCGACAAGAGAGGAGAUGUCCUCCUCUUUCCAUGGUGUUCCCAGCACAGGGAGCUGAGGGCGGGGGGGGGGGAGGGGGCAGGGUGCUGGGACCCCUGCUCCAGCCUGAACCAGGGCAUCUGACUGAGGAGCAUUUGGAUGUGACAGGCCCCAUCCCAGGCAGCUCCUGCCCUUGCCGAACACUCCCCUCCAGGCUCGGCACCCCCUGCAUCCCUCAAUACCGAAUCUUGACUCCAAAAACACUGGGUGUAGCGCUGACGUUACUGACUGCUUUGUGGGGAGAUGGAGGAGAGGGCCGCUUCACCCGCCACACGGUAUGACUUCGACAAAAUGGCACCUUGGCAACUUCGCCUUCCCUCAAGUUCCUUUCCCUGGCUAAUGGCCUCAUCCUUUGCUCCUUCUCUGCACCACCAAGGCCUCUGAAAAUAAAAAUCCCUUCCAGUGCUCUGAAUGAUUCAGCUCUGCCUUCAGCUUGAACAUUUCUCCCUCAGCAAAACGAGAGUUCAGCAGUUUAGCCAAACAUCAGCCCCUACAAGUCUGCCUCUCAGAAUCCUUCAUCUACCCCAUCACAUACACGGGGUUCUGAAUAAGAACAAAAAAGCUUCUGCUGCUACAGCAAGUUUGACGAACACUCAUCUAAGACUUGAGAUCCUUCUGGAGAGGAUGUCUGGUGGACACUGGCCCCGGGGCUGGGGCCAGGACUGUGGGGUGGCAGGGGGUCUUCCAUGCAUUCUGCUUGCUUGCACUUGGAUCUUGCUGACGCUGAUGUUCUGCAGAGAUGUGCCUCUUGGUCAGAUAGCAGGCCAAGUCCGUCCAAGGAGCACGUAGUGCCCGCACCCGCACCCGCACCUGUGUCCUUUCUCCAGCAGAAGUCUUUUGUCCAGGGGGUGAAGAGCCAAGGAUUUUGUAACAUAAAUUCAAGGCAAACAAACACAACAAAACAAAACUCAUGGAAAGAGAGACGACAACCGAUAAGAGCAGACAACUGAGGCUGGGCCCUGAGGGCUGUCCAGCUCCAUGCUGUUCUAGAGUUGGCCUUCUCUCCACGUUGCUGUUUCUGCCCAUGAUGCUGGGGCUCACAAAGACUCCUCUUUCUGUGUCCUCUUUCUCAACAGAGCUGUAGCUGACUGUGGCCUUUCUGUGUCCUACCCCCAACACCCAGUCCCCCACCCAAAAAUCCUAGUGGCUGUAGCAGAGAAUAUCUUUAAACCAAGAUUCUGUUUUAAUCAUUAUUUACAUUGCUUUCUUCCAUGAAGGGCACCCUCAUAUACCUUCCCUGACCCACAAACCUGUUAACAUUGUCUUAAGGUGAAAUGGCUGUAAAAUCAGUAUUUAACUAAUAAAUUUAUCUGUACUCCUUUCUCCCUCUU